CAAGACAAUUUCGCAUCCGUCAGGUGUCGCCGCUCACCUACGUGCCGUGUCUCGCUUCGCGAGCGUGACGUGGCCGACACCUCCAGCGGGUUUGCUGAUCUACUCGUCGCGUCGUUAAGAGGUUGCGCACUCGAGUCACAGGCGUGAACCCAUGUCCUCACGCACUCGCGAGCCGAAGUGCCGUUUCAAGAAGCAGGCGCACGUAUCGUGGGAAGAUGAUGUCACCGACAGCGAGGAGUCUGACUCAGAAGACGAGCAGCCGGCGGCCAUGUCGAGGAAGCAGCGCCACCGAGAUGAGCGCUACGAGCUGAAUGGCGCGGAGUUCUCCACGCGCUACGGCAGCAUCAACCGUGAGCUCGAGCGACAGGGCAUCCUUCAGGACGAUGACUCGUCGGACACGGGCGUGGCGGCGCGCGGCAGCGUGGAGGACUCGGGCUCGGGCGACUGCGAGGGCGGGCUGGACGCGCCUGGAGGAUCCUCGGCGGCGGGACCCGGCGCGGCGCCCCCGCAGGCGGGCACUUUCUUCCGCGACGGCCGCCGGCGCAUCGACUUCGUGCUGGUCUACGAGGAGAGCGGGGGCGGCGGCGGCGGUGGGUCGCGCGGAGGCGGCAGCCGCUCCACGUUGGGCUCGGGAGACCCCGUGAUGGCGGCGCACCACGGCUCUGCCGCCGCCGCCAAACGCUCCUCGCGACGGGAGCUCUGGCGGCAGCGCUUCAUGGGCAACCUGCAGCGAUCCGGCCUCCACAUGGAAGAGGAGUUGGUGGAGACGCAAACAAGCCGCAAAACACUUUGUUUCAUUAAGCUCCAUGCCACGUGGUCUGUACUAUGCCACUAUGCAGAAGAACUGAAUAUGAGAGCACCAUUACAGGCUCAUCCAAAUCCUUCAAUUAACUGGUCUGAACAGAUACUCAAAGCUCUCCGGCUGCCAAAUAUUAUGUAUGAAGAUGUUCCCAACAAACCUCUUGAUUACUAUACUUGUCCAUUUCGCAAGUCUAAAAUAGACAGGUUCCUUGGCAGUGAUAACCAUGAUACAUACUUUACCAAUGUUCAGCGUAGUCGCAUAUUGUAUGAGAUCCUUUCAACAGCUAUAUUUGGCAAGAAGAAGAAAGGUGAAGUGGGCAUUGAAAGGCUAGUGGAAGAAGGGGUCUUCUGCUCAGCAUUUCCUCUACAUGAUGGACCUUAUGAAGUGAAGAGAAGAACUGAUGGCACACCGCUAGGACCACUCAAUCCCCGUCAGGUCCUCUAUGAAUACUGGGCCCGUUGGGGAAAGUGGUAUAAGUACCAACCACUUGACCAUAUUAGAGAAUAUUUUGGUGAGAAGAUAGCAAUCUACUUUGCUUGGCUUGGUUUCUACACUGGAUGGCUACUGCCUGCUGCUGUGGUUGGCUUGUUGGUCUUCAUGUAUGGUGUUUGCACAAUGCACUCAAAUAGACUGGCAAAAGAAGUAUGCAGUAGCCAAGGACAGUUUAAGAUGUGUCCUCUCUGUGAUGUGGAAAUUGGUUGCAAUUAUUGGGACCUGAGUGAUGUUUGUGGCUAUGCUCAAUUUGCCUACCUCUUUGAUCAUCCAGGCACAGUCUUCUAUGCAAUUUUUGUUUCAUUUUGGGCUGUAACUUUCCUGGAGUACUGGAAACGCAAGUCUGCGAGCCUGGCUCAUCACUGGGAUUGCAUGGGGUUCCAGGAGGAAGAGGAACGGCCACGGCCAGAGUUCGCAGCACGUGCCCCAUUUCUGGAACGUAAUCCUGUUACUGGAGUGAGGGAACCAAGCUUCCCUUCCUCCUUACGGCACAAACGCAUUGCUGCAGGAAUUGGAAUAAUUUUUUUGAUGAUGUCCCUGGUCAUAAUUUUCAUUAUUGCCAUCAUAAUAUACAGAGUGCUUGUUUCUAUUCCACUGUUCCAAAAUGCAACCCUCAGAUCACAGGCACAGGCCAUAGCCAACCUUACAGGUGCCGUAGUGAACUUAAUUCUUAUAAUGGUCAUGAGCCGUGUUUAUGAGAAGCUUGCUUAUCGUCUCACAACAUGGGAAAUGCAUCGUACACAGACAGAAUUUGAUGACAAUCUAACAUUCAAAGUGUUCAUUUUCCAGUUUGUGAAUUUCUACUCAUCAAUAUUUUACAUAGCAUUUUUCAAGGGUCGUUUUGUUGGUUAUCCUGGAAACUACACUAAAAUACUGAAGCUCAGGAAUGAAGAUUGCAGUGCUGGAGGAUGUCUGAUUGAAUUAGCACAGCAAUUAGCUGUCAUAAUGAUUGGAAAGCAGAUCAUAAACAAUGCACAAGAAAUACUUGUCCCAAAGCUGAAAGCAUGGUGGCACAAGAAACAAGUUAAGCUUACUAAGAAGCACAAAACCCGAUGGGAAGAAGAUUACCAACUUAUACAGAAUGAAGGACUUUUUCAAGAAUAUCUGGAAAUGGUCCUCCAGUUUGGUUUCAUCACAAUAUUUGUAGCAGCAUUUCCACUUGCUCCAUUGUUUGCUCUCCUCAAUAAUUGGGUUGAAAUUCGUUUGGAUGCACAAAAGUUUGUGUGUGAAACAAGACGCACAGUUGCAGAGCGGGCAGAGAAUAUAGGCAUUUGGUUCAAAAUUCUUGAUAUGCUGGCACAUCUGGCAGUCAUAAGCAAUGGUUUCCUCAUUGCUUUCACUUCAGAAUUUUUACCCAAAUUAUUGUAUCAGUACGAGUAUGAUUGGGAUCUGACUGGAUAUGUGAAUUUCACAUUGGCAUAUGCUCCAAAGGGGAAUACAACUGAACAGUGCCGUUAUCGUGGAUUCAGAGAUGAGACUGGUAGUCACACACCAUUUUUUUGGAGACUGCUUGCUGUGCGCUUUGCCUUUGUCAUCAUUUUUGAGCAUGUUGUCUUUGGCAUCUGCCGACUGAUUGACAUCUUGGUACCUGACAUACCAGAAAGUCUUGAACUGAAGAUAAAGAGGGAACGUUAUUUGGCAAAGCAGGCACUUCAGGACUCUGAAACAAUCCUCAAGGUUGCUGCAAGGAAGGAUGAAGAUGAGGAAGAGCUAUUGCCUAAUGGAGGCAUGGCUUUAGAUUUGACAGCAGAACUUGGAGACAUGACAGCUGAACUGGAGCACCUAGCAGCUACUGCCCCAGUUCUCCCAGCAGCACCAUCUCUGUCAGUAUGUACAACUGCCGUACAGCCAGAAAGUCAACUACAGAAGCCAGAAAGUUCCACAUCACUCAACAUGGAUGUAAGUCCAGUUCAUGCAGGAGAUGGCACCUGACAAAAACUUUCCACUCUCUGAGGAGGGGGUCGGGCCCUUAAAAGCAGGGUCCAGCGUAAGCAGUACAGGCUUCCAAGACCUGACUAUGUCUUGAAAGACCUAACAUAGAAGCACAAAUACGGGAAGUAAAGUUCAAAAUUUUGCAGUUCAGAGUUAUGGUGUCAGAGGCACACCUCUGUUUUUCACCAUAUUGUUGCUAUUUUGUACAAGAAAUUCAUGUUAAAUCAGGAAAUAGUCCUGUGUGCAACAUUCCUAAUUAUGGAACAAAACAAGUUCAGUGUGAAAGUCAUGUAAAAGUUUCAUAUUUCUUAUAUAUGGAUACUCCAAAGAGAAGUUCCUUUGGAUAAGGAAGUUAUGUACAUAGUGCUGUACAUGUCAGUUUGACCUCGGGCACUUCAGUCGGUGAAGUUGCUGCAGAGGUGUUAAUAGCUGCACAUGGCUGCAUAUUUAUACUGCACUAUGAAUUUUUUAUUUAUUGAAAGCCAUGAGUAAGUGGCUUUAUUGUUAUUUCUAAGCCCUAAAACAAACUGCCCUCCAUUUUUAUAUUGUCGGCUGAGAGUAGAGCAUCUGUUUUGUAAAUGUAUGAGAGAGUGGUAUGCUUGGUUAAAUAAUAAAGUUCAGAAUGUGGUGUUUGUGAACAAUUAUUGUCAAAUGAAGAUUAAAGAACUCUGUCGUCAUAUAUUUACAGAAGAUAUCUAUAUGUACAAUGAUAACAUUUUCGAAUGUUGUUACAUUUAUUUAAGCUUAGAUGUGAUUUAUCAUUCCACAAUAAUUCUUUACUAAAUGAGCACUGAAUAAUGACUGGUAACUAAAAAUUUAAACAAAAUAUUUAAAUUAUUGACAUUUAUUAUUAAACGCCAUCAAUGAGUGUCUUUUAAAAAGUUACUUGGAAGAGAUAUUUUUAAUUAAUUUAUUGCUUUAUGAAAAGGGGAUUUUUGUGCUGUCAUAAAAACUGUCUUUCAUUGCAAAUAAUAAUAUUAAUUGUUAUUGCUGUUGUUAAAAUGUGUACCUUAUUUCUUAAGUCAAUUGUAAAUAGAGCCAGGAAAUACGCGAUAAGCAAAAUACUUUAGUAAGUUAUUCUUGAAUGGAAAUUCAAAUAUUUAAGAGAAGGAAGAAUUUGAUUGUGAAAGUUGUAUCAUCUUCUUCUUAUCUGCCACUUUAGUAUUAUUUCACUUUUAUAGUAAGUACAUAAAGUCUAAUGAUUCUAAAUUUACUGUUAAGGAUUCAAACAUGCUGUCUUUCAAUCACUUUUUCAGAGCUGUUGAACAUUAUAGGAAUCUGUACUGGUAAUUAACAUGCCACAUAUUAGUUGUAGUGCAUACUUGAAGUUAAAUGAUAAUAUUGCAUAAGAAAUAUCUGUUCUGCAUAGGAAAUUGUUUCAAAAUUAUUCAGUCAACCACCCUACAAUGGUGUAGUGUAAUUGUAUGCAAAGUUAAAAUUGUAUAGACUGGCUAUAAGACUGUACAGUACAUUCCAGACUGAAAAACAAAUAUUUUAUGUAUGUAAUAUGUAACUCUCUGCCUUGUGUGCAGCCGAACCAAAUCAUUUGGAUAUUUUGAUGAUCAUGGUAUGUCUUCUCAUCUUAAGUAGCCACUGUCUCCACAUCACUUCAACAAAUUUGUUUAGUCUUUUCAUGCUGUAAUUGGUUUCUCUAUUUUGUAUCCAUCAGUGCAAUUCAUAAAUAAUAUGAACCAUCUCUGUGAUAUUUUUUAGUUCUUUGCUUACUUCAUCAUACUACUGUACUACUGUUCUGGUUUAUUUUCAACUGAGAUUUUUAAUCUCUGCUACACAUAAGGUUGAAGAAGAGAGACAAUCUGUCAGAAAUAGUGUGUCCCUAUUGCAGCACAAAUGGAAUGGUAAAACACUUGGAAUCACAUCUUAGUCUAUCCAAUAUCCUUGUGCUAUGCCAUAGAACAUUCACCUUACAGUCUCUUAACUUGGUUUAUAUUUCACAUAUUUAAUUGCUUCUAAAUUUCCUCAUUCACUGGUAAAUGGUGCAUUGAUUAAGACACUUGACUCAUAAUGUAUGGUGCUCAAAUCCCAGUAAGAUUUUAGUUGAUUUUCAAGGCUCAGCCCCAUCCUCAAACCUUCCUUUCUCUCCAAAUGAAUGAUCUCUUAAUUUCUAAACACCAUUAAGCAGCCACAGAAGCAUUAAACUCAAAGUAAAUUGCUAUUUUUACACAAUUCAUGCAACUGCAUGAGCUGAACAUUCUCAAGAAUGUAUCAGCAUUGUUCUUAUCACAUACAAUCCUAAUUACUCAAAAAACACAGAUCACCUUAUCUGUACACAAAAUUGGAAGAAUUCACAAUAUAAAUUAUUGGUCCACACAUUUCAUCACUACAGUUUUUGUGAAACAGUUAACUGCCUGCUUCUCCACAGUGCAUCAUUAAGUGAUUUCAAAUGGGGUUGUUUUGUUACUUUCUCAAAUUCCAAAAUCAACACUGAAGUACAGUGGUUAAGAGCACAAAGUAUGGUACAGAGCUCUGUUCAAAAUGUCUUAAAAUCUGUCUCUGUAAUAUUGCAGGAAGGGUGAAAAGUAUUAAUCUGCUAUUUUGUUAUUUCAUUUUAACGAUUAUUCAUGUACCGUGUUUCCUUUAAAGUUGUGAAUUCGCUUUUCUCAGACAGUUAUUUUUGCUUUUCUCAGACAGUUAUUUUUGGACUUGACAUCUUCACAUAACAGACUCAGAAAUAUUUGUUCUUUAUGUUUGUGUUUUAUAGAAUUUUCUUCAAAAAUUUCCUUAAUCACACAUACAAGGCAUAUUUGAAAGUCAAAUCCUGCUUGUCUGUUGUGAGGACCCUACUGCUGUCACCGCAUCCUGCAUCUAUGUUGCCUGAUGCCUUCCCUAGAUAUCUCCAUUCUUCCUCAUCCUCUUCCAUUCCUUCUUUCCAUUGCUUUGUGGAUACCACUUUUCGUAUUUUUCCACUUCUCCUUCCAGGAGGUUGCCAUAAAACUAUUCUAUUGGCCAUCUGCCUUCAUCCAUUCUUUUGACAUGUCCAAACAAUCCUUGCUGUCUUCCUUCUAUUUUACCCUUAAUACUGUAAUGAGUCUGUCUUUUUUCCUCUUAUUUCCUCAUUUCUUACCUGGUCAAGUAGGGAAAUUCUACAGGCUCUUCUCAAGUCGUCCUUUUCUAAAGCUCUAAGUUUCUUUUUAUUUAUUUCUGUUAGUUCCCAGCAUACAUUCCCAUAGGUUGUUUUUGGUUCCACAAUGGAUUUUUAUAAAUGAGUUUUAACCUUUAAACUCAUUUCUGAGGACCAAAGUACUGGGUUUAAUUUUUGGAUAACCACUCUUUCUUGCAUGGUUUCUUGUUAGACGUCUGUCAUAUCUUCCACCAUGUGAUAGGAUACUACCCAUGUACUUAAACUCUUUACACACUUUUAAUAAUAUGUCAGUCAAUGUCCAGAUUACUCCCCUAUUCUCCCCAACAUAGAUAUUCUGACUUGUCAAAAUUAAUUUUCAAACCCCACUUAUCAUACUCUUCCAACAACUCUGAGUGUGUAAGAUACAUCCAGUUCAACAACCUGAACAUCAGCAUACAAAAGUUUGUACACACACAGGUUCCCUAUGUCAGUUCUCAUACCCAUGCACUUUCUGCACCACAGAUUCAGUGCCUUCUGCACAUACAUCUAAAUAAUUGUAGGAUACAGACAGCAUCCUUGCUUCAAUCCUUUAGUUAUCCUGAGGGCCUCUCCAGGUAUUUCUUUCCCUAAUUUAAUGACACAUUUUGCUGGCUUGUAAAGGUUUAUGAUGCUUCUCACAUAAAGUUGGGCAGUUCCCCUGACCACAGCACCUCAAACAAUAACUUCAGUGCCACAGUUUCACAUGGUUUCACAUAAUCUCUCAAAAUCUAUGAAUACCAAAUGACUGCUUAAGAUUUCUCUCUAAACUCUUCUCCAUGAUCUGUCCUAGGAAAAGAUGUUAUCUAAACAUGACCCCUCUCUUCUAGAGCUACUUUGUUCUUCCACUUCAUUUAUAAUCUUCUCCAUUCCUGAUUUUUAAAAUCCUCCUGUACAGCUUGCUAAUUGAACUAGCAACACUUAUGCCACAAUAAUUUCUACAUACUUUCUUUCUUCCUUUUUUAUGUAUGGGGCUUAGAUAUGCUAAGUUCCCCUCUGCUGGAAUUUCCUCGACAUACAUUUACUAAAUAACUUACUUAGAUAUUCAUACAGAAUGUGUGGGCCAUACCUCACUAAUUUUGUUGGUACAUUUCCAGGCCAUGGUGAUAUCCCGAUUUCCAUUUGUGUAGCCACUUUCUGUACCUCUUUCACAUCUAUUUUCUCUACCUGUUCACCCUCCUGGUUCUCCCAUAUCUCCCACCUUACCUCCUUGUACUCCAUUCUUACUUCUGCCAACAGGCCUUUAAAAUGUUUCUACCAGACUGAUAAUCAGAAGGUUUGCUGUUUCUUUUACUUCUUUCCUCAGCCCUGCAAUCAUUUUCCAUGCUGACACCACUUUUGUGUCCCCAUGCAUUGAUUGGCUUCUUUGAAUUUAUUCUCCCAGGUUUCAUUUUUCCCUUUUGCAUGUCUUUAUUUACUUCUCUAUUCAUUCUGAUAUACAAGGCUUUAUCAUGUUUGUCCCAUGAUCUCAACCAAUUAUUAUAGUAAAGAUUUUUUUAGGUUCACUUUUUCAUCAGUACUUUGAGUCUACCUUCGUAGGUACUGCUUUCUUUCUUCCUCUUGCUGCCCCAGUGCUUCAAAUGCUGCUUCAUGUAUCCAUUUUUUUAAAUUUUUUGGUACAUAUGCUCCAUCAUUUCUUCUCUGAAUGCCUCAGUUUGUUUGACAAGCAUAAAUUAUAAAGAAAUUAUGCAGACUCUUGUUUCAAGCUGCCUAAAUUGUAUUUCAUAGUAUCCACUGCCCUCGUGGGAAUAUUUGUGUCUUCAAUUUAUCUUUGGCCCUUGGAUGUUACUAUCAAUUUGCACUAGCAGGAAGUUGUCUGAGCCACUUUCUGCACCCCUGUAGACUCUUUAAUCAUUUUUUUAUUUUGAAUAAUAUAGUCUAUUAUUGACCUGAUGUGCCUGGAAGGACUCUCCCAUGUGUAUUUGUGGAUCUGCUUGUAAGGAAAGAAACCAUUUAAAAUUUUCAAGGGCAAUGUCUCACACAAUCAUCAUCUAACCUUUCUCUGUGUACUGUCUCUUCUCCGUAUCUUCCCACUACUCCAUUAUAGGUGGCCACUCCCACUUUUCCUUUAAAAUUAUUUCUUUACAGAUACUUUGCUCUCCAGCAAACUUGUUAAUUUCUCAAGACUCAUCUUUGACUUUGUCAGUGUCAUUUGUACGUGCAUAAGCCCCAACAAUGACAAAGUUGUGACCAUAUAACACAUUAAUUAGAAGCAGCUUUUAUUGGUGGUUUUAGUUUACUGGAAACCUACUUCACUUUUACGUGUAAUUUCUUUCUGUUAAUUCUGAAGACUUUUUGCGUUGUACUUCAAUCCCUCAGCAUAGCAGUUCUCCAUCUAGGAACUGAAUCUUUCCACAGCAGGUUUUUUUUUUUUUAGACUAUUGCACGACUGUGUGGAUAUCCUACAUCAAUGCAGAAACACAUCAUCUCAUUGCCUGCAACAAAUCAUCUCCAUCUUGAGGGUAAUGGUCCAUAAAUGCUCAUCUGCUUGACAUUCUUGAUUAGGAAUCAUUUUUGGCACCCUUUUGCAAACUACGUAUGGUAACUGAGUGUUCAAACAGUGUGAAUAGCGAUGUGGACAAUAUAAAUAAAUCCAUCAGCUAGAGCAACGAUCACCAUUUUUCAAUAGCCAAUCAAAUCACAGAUUGUGAUGCACUUGUGUGAUUUCAUCAGCAUUAUCUAACUUUACCUUCACUCAUUACUGUAAGCCCCUAAAUUAUGUGCAACUCCUUAUGUACUAAAGCAGCUACAGAUCCUAUUGCACAUACAAAUUGGCAACUUGCAGCAGCAAUGCUUAUAAUAAACAUCAUUGUUGUUUGCAUUCAUACAACUUUGUUGUCAGUUGUUAACAUUCAAAUAUAAGCAAAUUGACUUAAUUCUUCCUGAAAUAUUCUUAAUAAAACCACUGGAUUGUGUUUAUGCCGAUGAAUGAAAAGCUCAUAUGACGAAGGUUAAUGAGUUGCAAUAGUUUCUAGGACCAUAAUACCUACAAACUACAACUAGUGAGAGGAUUGUGACAUAUCCAUUCAGACAUAGGCUUUGCAACUUUGAUUUUGAAACACUAUAUCCAGAAGGCGGUUAUGGGCCAUACCAUUAGUUUCGUCGGAAUUUCUGUUUAUUUCUUUAUAACAAUGCUUUGAAGCAUUAUAUCCCAAGUUCUUGUUAAUGAAUAGCAAUUGCAAAUUAGGUAACAAUAAAUAAAAUUACAAUCAACUGAAGACACAAACACAAAGAAUUAAGAAUGUAUUUUGGAAUUUAUUAUAACAGCAAUUUUCUUUGCAGCACAGAAAAUGCACACAAGGGAGAGAGAACAUUUGUUACAUGUCCUUGAAAGCUGUAAAUGUAGAUUAUGAAUAAAAUGUACUGCAGUGUGUACUAUUCUAGUCACAAAGUUUUCAGCAUAUCACACUUAAAACUUUCACAUCAUUUGCAUACUUCAUUAGAGUAGGUGGAACUUAAAAAUUUUUAAUGCUUUAUUGUAGCACAUGAUGUUAAAAAUUAUCUUCUACAUUGAAGUUACAGUUGCAUAAUCUUAGUUUUUUUAUAGUGUAUCUCAAAUAGGGUAUAACAUUGUUGAAUUACCAAAUAAAUUAUAUUUUUACAUA